AUGCUCCGGCACCCGCCCCCGCUUCUAAGAAGCGGCGAAGGUGCGGAGAGUGUGGAAACUUCCACACCGGGCAAUGCUGGCCAAUUUGCGAUGCUUGCGGGCGUCGCCAUUUUGGCGACUGCCCCACGCCCCGGCCCCCUCCAAGCAAGCCAGGGCACGGCCCCUCCAGCUCCUCCCGACCCGGCCCCAGCCCCGCCAGCCCCGGCCGCUUCGGCGGUUCAGGUCAACGUUUACGGCGGGGUCCUUUAUUUCUAUCCGCCCCCCUCUACCUCCUCGGGCGCCGCCCCCCCGCCCGCCAGCAGGCGCCGCCGCGGCCGCGGCAAGAAGCCCAACAAGGGAGAGGCCAAGGAAUGA